GGUUCUCUGACGGAAACAGCAGGCCCCGCCGUCAGAAUGCCCAUCCUCAAGAGUCUAGGGGUGGCAGACGCUAAGGUGCCCCGGGCGGGCACCCUGCCCCUGAGGUCUUCUCGGAACCCGUUCGAGGAAGCUCCGGGGCUGGAGGAAGAAGAGACCGGGGAGCUGGGGACCCUGCCCAACGGGACCAGCUGCCGCCGCCGCGCCACCCUGGAGAAGCUGGCGGGCCUGGCCCCCUUCCGGCUGGGCUGGUCCCCCGGCCGGCGGGCGGGCAGCCCUGGGGACGGGCCGCCCCGCUCUUUCCUGGGCCGCGUGCUGGCCCCCGGGAUCCGCAGGUGCUCCGCGGAUUUUGGCCUCCUGGCCAGGCUGCAGGGGGCCAGAGCCCAGGGCGAGGAGGAGGCGGCCGGGGACGCGGCCGGGAGACUGGCCUUCCUGAAACUGGGGCGCGGCUCCAAGCCCCGCCGCGCGUCCCUGGCCGAGAGGGUGGUGCCCGCGGGCGAGGCGGCCCCCGAGCCCCCGCCCAAGCUCCCAGAGCCCCCAAAGGUGAAGGAGCCGCUGUCAGUGCUGGAGAUCCUGAGCCUGAUCCAGCAGCGCGAGCUGGCGCGCGCCGACGAGCACAUCCUGGAGCUGGAGGCCGAGGAGCUGGCGGCGUCGGGGGGCGCGCCCGGGCCUCCCAAGGCCGAGGGCGCGGGCGGGGGCCGCCGGGCGCGGGACGUGGCGCUGCUGUACGAGGCCCUGCAGCGCGAGCUGUGGGCGCUGGUGCGCGAGACGCUGGCGGGCCCCGGGCCGGGCGCGGGCGCCGGGGCGGGCGCCGUGGCGCAGCUGGGCCAGGUGCUGGUGCAGGAGGAGGCGGCCGACGGGCGCCGGGGCCCGGCGGCCCGCAGGCUGCGCGCUCGCUGGGCCGAGGCGGUGGCGCGCGCGGCGCGGGAGCGCCUGGAGGCGGCGGCCCCGGGCGCGCCCGGGGGUCUGGCGGGGCAGCUGGAGGCGCUGCGGGCGCGGCUGCUGGAGGACAUGGGCGUGGUGCGCGGCCGCCUCGCGCCCGCCUACCCCACCAGCCUGGGCGCCUUCGGCGUCUACCUGCGCGGCUACCACGGCGCGCUGGCCGAGUGGCUGGGGGUCGCCGCCCGCCGGAGGCUGCCGCUGGCCGACCGCUAUGCGCUGCUGCACUGGCACAACCAGGUGUACCCCAGAGAGGUCCUAGGGCUGGUGGAUAUGGUCGCCCUGGAGAAUGGGGAGCUGGGGCCCCUUCUGUCCCCCGGCACCUUGCGCAGCUUGGAGGAUGAAUGCGUCACGGAUGUUAAGGCCCAGACUCGGGCAGCACUGCUCCAGGUGCUGCAGGAGGACGAAGAACUCUGGGGGAGCACGGAGGCCAGGCCCAGCAGCCUGGCACAGGAUGUGUGUGAGCUCCUGGAAGAGCACACAGAGCGAGCACCCCGCAUCAGCCAGGAGUUUGGGGAGCGGAUGGCCUACUGCUGCCUGGGGGGGCUGGCAGAGUUCCUGCAGAGCUUCCAGCAGCGCGUCGAGCGAUUCCACGAGAACCCAGCAGUCCGGGAGCUGCUACCCGACGUCUAUAUCAGCAGGACUAUCUCCCUGGUCAAUUGCGGGCCCCCCCUGAGGGCUCUGGCCGAGCGCCUGGCCCGGGUGGGGCCCUCUGAAAGUGAGCCCGCCCGGGAAGCAGCAGCCAGCGCGCUGGACCGAGUGACCCGGCUCUGCCACCGCGUCCUGGCCGACCUGCUGUUCCAGGAGCUACAGCCACACUUCAACAAGCUGAUGCGCAGGAAGUGGCUGAACAGCACAGAGGCUUUGGACGGCAUCGUGGGCACGCUGGGCGCGCAGGCCCUGGCACUGCGGAGGAUGCAAGAUGAGCCUUAUCAGGCGCUGGUGGCCGAGCUGCACCGGCGCGCGCUGGUGGAGUAUGUGCGGCCGCUGCUCCGCGGACGCCUGCGCUGCCGCUCGGCCCGGACCCGCAGCCGCAUGGCCGGGAGGCUCCAGGAGGACGCGGCGCAGCUGCAGAGGCUGUUCCGGCGGCUGGAGUCCCAGGCCACUUGGCUGGACGCCUUGGUGCCCCAUUUGGCGGAAGUCCUGCAGCUAGAAGACACGCCCAGCAUCCAGGUGGAGGUGGGGGUGCUGGUGCGGGACUACCCAGACAUCAGGCGCAAGCACGUGGCAGCCCUCCUGGACAUCCGCGGCCUGCGCAACACGGCAGCUCGCCACGAGAUCCUGGCUGUGGCCAGAGACCUGGAACUGUCUGAGGGGGGUGCCCUGUCACCCCCUCGGGACAGGGCCUUCUUCACGGACAUCCCCGUGCCCCGCCCACCUUUCUGCCUGGGUCUCCCCCUCUUCCUGGGCCGCCUGCCCCUCUCCCGGCUGGCCAGGCCCGGGUUGGCCUGUCUGCCCCGGCUUCGGCCUCGGCCUCCAUCGAGGCCCCGAGCACAACGCUGACACUGUCCCCCGUCCUCUGCCUCAGUGCCCCCCCAUCUUUGCUGCUGACAAACUGUCCUCCUGUACAGCCCCCACUCCCGGCUCCCUGCCCGGGGCCACAGAGCCCUAGGAUGGGGCGAUCCUUAGGGGUCUCCCUACUUAGCCUCCAAUCCCUGUGCGGAAGAAAAACAGGCCAGAGGGAGCAAGGACUUUCCCAAGGCCACGAAGCACGUUCCCAGCCCUCCUCCCCAGCCCAGCCUGUGGUGAGCUGCGUUCUGGAAGGCUCUACAGAAAUAUCCCAGCGCCCCCCCCCCCCGCCCUUUCCCCUCACCUCAAGGUCUGGCCUAAAUCCAAUGUAUUAAGGAAUGUACGAUACUUAGAAUAAAGAGGU